AUGGACGGCGCUGUAUCGGGGGUCGCCAACAUCUCCCUCGCUGACCGACCCGGGAACUUGUCCGGUCCCCACAAACCCGCGUCGUCGCCCGGGCCCUCCCGGCCUGGUCCGCCUAUAGGCGGACUCGCAGCGCGGCGCAUGAAGGCCGGCGUACCCAAGCUCAAUCCGAACGACGUGCCGGGAGGGCUACACCUCCCCCCAGUGGGAGCGGGCCCCCAAGGCGCUGGACUUGGUGUCGGAAGACCCAUCAUGGAGGAUGAGCCACACCGACGGCCAUCCCAGGAUAACUUCUCGACGCCGUUUUCAAACUUUAGUAAGAUUGUGGAUGCAUCCGGUGCACUCCAUUUCGGAGGCAAGGCGAUCCUGCAUGCGCAGGGUGUCAAUUUCAGCAACGGGGCGUCGUUUUCGAUCAACAUGUCACAACUGCAGCUGGAGGACGAGCUUGGGAAGGGCGCAUAUGGCACAGUCCGGAAGGUACUGCAUAAACCCACGAAUGUUGCGAUGGCUAUGAAGGAGAUCAGACUGGAACUGGACGACUCAAAACUCAAUGCUAUCCUGAUGGAGCUGGACAUCCUCCACCGCGCCGUCGCGCCAGAGAUUGUAGAGUUCUACGGAGCCUUCUUCAUUGAAUCAUGCGUGUACUACUGCAUGGAGUACAUGGAUGCCGGAUCAUUAGACAAGCUUCAGGCAGCAGGCGUGCCGGAGGAUGUGCUCGGUCGCAUCACAGGAGCUAUGGUCCGAGGGCUGAAGUUCUUGAAGGACGAAUUACAGAUCAUACACCGCGAUGUGAAGCCUACGAACGUGCUCGUCAGUAGGAGAGGCGGUAUCAAGCUCUGUGACUUCGGUGUCUCUGGGCAGCUUGAGAAAUCCUUGGCCAAGACAAAUAUCGGGUGCCAGAGUUAUAUGGCGCCCGAGCGCAUUAAGGGCGAGUCACAGAAUAAUAUUGGCACGUACACCGUCUCCUCCGACGUAUGGUCGUUGGGCCUCUCGAUGAUCGAGAUGGCGAUAGGGCGGUAUCCAUACCCGCCGGAGACGUAUGCGAACGUGUUCGCACAGCUCACCGCGAUUGUGCACGGCGACCCGCCGGAGCUCCCGGAACACUACUCAGACGACAGCCGAGACUUCGUCGCGCGGUGCCUGCAUAAGGUGCCCGAGUUGCGCGCGACAUAUGCGGAACUGCUGGACCAUCCAUUCUUGCGAGCCGACCGCAAGCGGUCCGUGGACAUAGCGAAAUGGGUGGAAGAAGCGCUGGAACACCGCGACAGGAAGAUGGCGGAGGAGCGGCAGGCCAAGAUGCUGCAGGACACGGUGUCAGCCCCCGCGCAGGUCUAA